AUGACGACCCACGUACUGAAGGUUUACCGAGCAUCUCCCUCCGGUCAGAUUCAUCUUGACCAUAUCACCCGUCAUCUAUCCCCUGACGAGGCACUGGUCGAAGUAACGCAUGCCAGUAUAUGCGGUACAGAUAGCAUCUACCUACAUUCUCAGCAAGUUCUAGGCCAUGAGGGAAUAGGCAUAGUUAGGGCGAUUGGGGCUGAUGUGCGGAGUGUUCGAAUCGGCGACCGUGUGGGAAUGGGCUACGUACAAAAGACAAAAGACCUUUAUGGCAUGUCUGACCCUGACCGCGGUUGCCUCGGCUUCAAAACUAUCUGGAACGCGAACGCCCUUAUACCCAUUCCAGAUGGGCUACACUCUGGUGAUGCUGCGGCGCUGAUGUGCGGGGGUGCUACUGUCUGGACUGUGCUUAGUCGUUACGGAAUGCAGCCUGGGGAUCGUGUUGGAGUAUUAGGCAUCGGCGGCAUGGGGCAUCUGGCCAUCAAAAUGGCAGUUGCGAUGGGAUAUCAUGUUGUUGCUUUCUCCGGAUCGGUGUCCAAGAAGGCGGACUGCUUAGCCUUCGGGGCUAAGGAAUACUAUCUGACUAACGGCGAAUCAAUGGAAGAUAUGGAGCCACUGAAGCACCUUCUCUUGUGCGGUUCAAGCUCGGAAGAUUAUACGUUCAUUCUUUCUCUUCUGGCGGUACAUGGAACAGUCUAUCCAUUGACAGUCUCUCUUCAACCGGCUACCAUUCGAACCAUCAUGCUGAUCAACAAGGGCCUUCGGAUCCAAGGUUCUUUGGUCGCAUCCCGUGGGGACCUAGCCAAGAUGCUGCAGUUUUGUGCGGAUAAGGGAGUGCGACCUGCUACAAGCAAUUUUAGCCUUACUUCUACAGAGGUCAACCAGGCCGUGGAAAGCCUGCAGCGUAACACGGUUCGCUACAAGGCAUUGCUUGUCGCAGAUGAAAAUCUACUGAAGCUCUGA